UGUCCCGCCCCUAUCGCACGAGGGCCCACCCCUUAGGUCACAGGCUCCGCCCCCACGAACUUCCAUCUGCGCCCGUUUUGGAAUCUGGGCUUUUCCUGCGCCAUAAAUACGACGCAGAGCCUGCGAUGCUGCUUAUGGUGACCUCCCUCCCGCGCCGCAGAGUGCACGGCUGCUUCCACAACAAUGGUGCAAACACGCGUCGAUCGGGGAGGACAGGGUUAUUAGGCAGGAAGAAACGGCAGCGUGGAAGCCCCGCGGAGGGGGCCUUCGCUUGCCCUCAACAAACAUGGCGGCUGGAAGAUCUCGCGAGGCUUUCCCCUGGCCGAGGAAGGUAGAGGCUGUGAUGGAGGCGCCCCUGCGUCGCUAUGGCAACGGAAGAUGCAGUGGCAACGGUCGCUGGGUCUCUGCGCUCUUCCGUUCCCUGCGGGCAGGUGUAUAACUACUUUGUUCCACCAGCAUGGCUUUCUCACCUUCCUUUUUCCACUCGGACGUGCCAGGAAAUGCCGCCAAACCAGUGAGCAUCACGGUGCUGGAUGGACACGACUUGAAAGGCGUCAAAGGAGAUGGGCCAGUUACCUUUGUGCGUGUCGAAUACAACAGUGUCGUGCUUGGUGACUCUUCAAAAGUGGAUGCUUCCCCAGGCGGAAGUGUGAGGUACAAUUUCGCCACCACCUUUGACUGCCACCCUGAAGGGCCGCAUAGCCUGGACGACAUUGCACACAAGCCCUUACUAUUCACUGUGAUUGAAGUCUUGCCAAAGGAGAAAAAGCAGAAGGAAGAGAAGACUGUGACUCUCGGUCAAGCCGUGAUGGACCUCCUGCCUCUGCUGCAAGGACUCUGUGAAUUUGAUGCAACGCUGCCAGUGUACCCCGUGCUCGGCUCUCCCUUGGAGACCCUCCGGCCAGAUGCCAAGUGUGCCAUCAACGUGGCCGUAUCUGUCCAGGAGAGCCUGCUGUCUCUGUGGCAGCUGAGCGAGGGCAAUCUCCUGCGAGUGACCGUGGAAGCCGCUUACGCAGUCCCUGAAGUGUUCGUUCCCACGGGGCCCCAGCAGAACUACAUGGCUGGCUUGCAAGUGCCAGCCUUUGGCGAAAAAGAAUGGCCCUUCCUGUUCAAGAACGGGGUACUGAAGUUUGGUGGUGAGAAAGAACCAGUGCCCCGGCCGAAAAGGUGGCCGGUCACCAACAUUUUAGCACCAGGGGGGCAGAAUAUCCCAGACUCCUUUAUCACUGGCGGGGCUUACGAGGAGGAGGACGGAGAGCUGAACACACCUGAGGAAAAAGAUCUCAGGAUCCAAGGAGAAACUAUUAAAAAACGGAUUGUGUGGGACCUGGAAAGGCGCUGUUACCUAGAUCCUGUUGCUGUGCUCUGCUUUCGAAAGCGGAUUGCUGAUUGUCGGUACUGGCCUGUGGAGAUCACCAGAGUGCCUGUGGUCACUUCCACCAAAGGGAAAGGUGGAAAAGGAGAGAAGGGAGGAGGAGGUGGCGCCGGAGCAGACGAGGAGCAGAUUUCCUUUCAUGGCGUGGUUUACGUCGACUUAGUGCCUUUGCUGUACCCCGGGGUGAAGCGGAUCCGGGGAGCGUUCCGGGUCCUACCUUACCAUGACAGCGAGGUGUUUGAAAGGACAAAGUGCCUCUUCAGUCUUUUCCGUGACAUCGGCCACCAGGCGGCCCUCAAUAAAUAUGGGCCGAUCGGCAUGUACACCCCACAUACCAAAGGCAUCCUCGGGAAGAACACAAAGGAGGAGAAGCUCCCUAAAGAGGUCAUAAUGAGAAAGGUGUCCAACACUGUGAGAAAGGACGCAUCGGACACCACAAUAGAAGCGGCUGUAUCUUUGUGCCAGAACAUGGAAGGACAGCAAUACGCAGAGAGUGGGACGUUUCUUGUGAUAGAGUUUGCCCUGGACAGAGCUUUGGUGCCCAAGCGUUUGCCAGAGGAACUCGCCAGCCGGGUAAAGGAGAUGAUUCCUCCACGCCCUCAACUCCCUCGAAGGACCACAGGAGCUAAGAAGGCCGUAGAAGAUUACCACUCUCAGGUCACCAGCAUUGCUGGGGCCGUUCUGGAUGAGUAUCAUGAGCUGUUUGGAAGGCAGCUGGCUGAAGGCUUUGCCAUCGACAGCCACACUCUGGAGGACCAGAAGGUCCAGCUCAAUUAUGAACUCAACAGCUCAGGGAAAUACUUUGCUUUCAAGGAGCAACUCAAGCAUGCAGUUGUGAAAAUUGUGAGAGAGAAGUACUUGAAAACAACUGCAUUUGACAACCUGGACCAGCUCCAAGCUUUUCUGAGCGAGUUGUAUGUGUACCUGGUGGAUCAGAUGCAUGUUGCUUUGAAUCAGGUGCUGUCCCAGCAGACCCCGAGCCCCCCUCCUCCCAGCUUCACCACCUCCGAGCAGCUCCGGCUUUUUGCUCGCGAAGCCCAAAUCAGCGGAGACUAUGACUUGGCAGCGACCUACUACCAGGAGAGAUUGUCCCGUGACCGGCAGGAUAUCCAGAACUGGUUGGAUUAUGGUGCUUUCUGUCUGCUGACUGAAGACAACCUCAAAGCUCAGGAAUGUUUCCGUGAGGCUGUGAGUCUGGACCCCAGUCACCUGCACAGCAUACUGCUCUGUGGCAUUAUGGCAGUGAUGCUGGAGAACUAUGAAGAGGCCGAGGUCUUCCUUGAGGAUGCCACCUGCUUGGAGCCUUCCAGCGUCCUGGCCUGGACUAUGUUAGGGCUCUUCUAUGAUAUCCAGGAGAAUGGCAUCCAGGUGGAGAUGGCGUUCCAUGAAGCUGCCAAGCUCCAGAAGUCCCGCCUGGCCAAGGAGAGGCCGCCAGCUGAGGGUGCGGAUGGAGGGGCGCAUAAGUUGCCUGCCUCUCCGUCAGGGGCGGAAUGUCAUAUCCCUUCCACGGAGGAGCUGGUUUCUGAUGACGUUGCAGACACCGCCAUGAAAACCCAAGCAGACUCCCAAGAGCCAGGCGUAACCAUCCAUAGGCCAGAAGACGAGAAAAUCCCUAAGACAGCCAAGAGGCUGUCGAUCGUUUCCAGUAGAAUCAAGCUGCCCCCUCCAAAAGUUUCUGAUGACGUUGCAGACAUCGCCACGAAAUCCCCUGCAGACUCCCAAGAGCCAGCCGUAACCAUCCAUAGGCCAGAAGAGGAUGCGCCGGUUAAGCUGCCCAGGAGAAUGUCGCUGGCUGCCAGUAGGAUGAGGCUGUCCGCCCCCAAAGAGAAACUAGCUGCGGUUGCACUUGAACCAGAGCCGUUCCCACCUCCUCCCUUGCAGCCCACUGCCAGCAUCUUCAUGGAGACAAUAAGCUUCUUGAUGGAGGUCAAUGCCCUCCAGUUUGUUCACAGGGCUCUGGCGCAUGAGUUGCUCUGCCCUCAAGGAGGCCCCAGCUGCGACUACUACCUGGUGCUGGCCCAGACGUACAUGCUCAAGAAGGAAUAUAGCAAGACAGAAGAAUGCCUCGAAAAGGCCGUCCAGAUUGAUUUCCUGAAUCCAGAGGUUUGGGCCCAGAAAGGGCAUCUCUGCUACCUGACCGGGGACUUCACCGAGGCAAAGGCCUGCUAUGAGCGCACUGUCAGCUUUGUGACCAAUGCCAAGGAUAUGCAUUUUGUCUAUCUGCGGUUGGGGACCAUCUACCUGGAAAGGAAAGAGUAUGACAAGGCCAAGCACAUCUACCUGCUGGCCAGUAAGAAAUCGCCUUCCUGUCUCACGUGGCUGGGCGUAGGAAUUGCCUGCUACAGGCUCAAAGAGAUGGCUGAGGCAGAAGAUGCCCUCUCCGAGGCCAACGCCCUCAACAACAACAACGCUGAAGUGUGGGCGUAUCUGGCUCUGGUCUGUAUGCAGGGUGGAAGGCAGCUGGAGGCAGAGCAGUCCUACAAAUAUGCUGUCAAGCUGGAGCUGGCCGACAAGGAUCUGCUCCAGGAGAUCAAAGAGGUGCAGUUAGCUGUUGGCUUUGGUGACCCGUCUUUCUGAACUCUUCCAGCCGAUGGACGCUUCUACUGUUUUGAGCAGGGGAUAAACAAAGAGUUUGGCGUCAAUGUAGUAGGAAGAAGUGCCAGACAUUUGUCCCCAGGCAGCCCAGUUCACAGUGCCCUGAAAUGCUGGAAAUGCUUGGUUAUAUCCCAAGUUUAUUGUGUAAGGCAGGGAUGGAAAACCCUCUGGCCCUCCCAGAUGUUGUCAGGACUCCACCUCCCAUCAGCCCCAUCUAGCAUGACUAAUGGUUAGGGAUUGCUGGGAGUCGGAGUCUGGCAACAUCCGGAGGGCACAGGUUUCCCACCCCUGGUAUAAGGACUAUGCAACUUGCAAAUGGCAGCUUUCUAAGCGGCUGGGAGCAAAGAGGGGCGUCCUUGGGGAAACAUGGGUCCCUUAUUCCUUGGGACAACCACACGUUCGUGGUGAGGAUCUUGCUGUGUGCCGUGCACAAUCCACGCCAUCAUUGUUGGCUGUAUGGUCCAGUAAGAACAGAAGUGCUGAAGACGCAUGUCCAGUCCCUGACAUUAGCAGCCUCCAGAUAUCAAUAUAACUGGUGUUUACUCAACCCACAUAGUUGGAGCAGCAGGGGAGGUAGGGGAAGACAAUUCUGGAGGGCCUACAUUGUUAAGACUGCACACCCUCUUGGAGAUACUUCCGCUCACAGCUGAAACCAAAUCAUUGAGAAAAGACUCGGUCUGAUGUAAUACUUGCAUCCAUGGCUCCCGAAAUAAUGGUACAAGUGCACAGGUGGCCUUGGACUGGAUUAGCUCAUCCACACAGAUCGCUCAUUGAAGGAUUCUGUGAGCUGAGGGCUAAAUCCCUGGAGACUUGCGGUUCACAAGAUGGUCUAGGGACAAGCGGCAAAGGUGAUCCCUUUUUGACAACAAUGCUGUCCUUGUAUUUUAGGGUUGAUCUAAAAAAAAAACAUUUUAAUGUUGACAUUUUAAUGAUUUACUUUUAUUUUGUAAAGUGCUUUGGGUGAAAAGUAAGGGCAUACGUUGUAGAAAGAAAUUAUUUUACAUACUCGCGCACAAACACAGGCUGAAACCAAAAGCGUGAGCUUGGGAGCAGGCAAUAAAAAUGGCUCUUGGAUGACCUUGUCAGGCUAUAGUCCUCUGCAUAUUUACCCGUGAGUAUGCCCCACUGAACUCAGUGGGACAUAUUUCCAAGAAAGCAUACACAGGACUGGGUUGCAAAUGUUACUGUUACUAUGACAUGUAUUUUGCGAUUAAUGUCUAUGACUGAUGUUUUCGUUGUUCCAUUUUGUUUUAUUUUUUAAGUUGCCCUAGGGGCAAUGCAAGAAGGGUACACUUUGCAGAGAGAAAUGUUUGUUUUAAAAAAUGCAUCCUUUGUUUUCACACUUGUCAGGAAAAGCAAGUAAAACCAAAUUCAACAAUGGUCACACAAGCAUCUGCUUUUGCUUCUAGAUACGAUAGGGGCGGGGAACCAUUCCCCCCCGCCGCCAUUGUUGUUGGGCACCAGCUCCCAUGGGCCCCAGCCAGAACGGCCAGUGCUCAGGAAUGGUGGGAAUUACAGCCCAACAGCGCCUGGAGUGCCACAGGUCCCCCACCCUGGCGAUAUGCCUUGUGAUGGCACCACGCAUAUCAGCUUCUGGUGCAUUUAUCAGAACAGACACUUGUGGGGCAAGGUUGUUUGCUUUGGCACCCAAGUUGUAAUGCUUGGAUCCAAAAAAGGCACAUGAAGCAACCCUGAGUUUCUGUAGAAGAUUUGUUACAAAAUUGGGUUUAAGAAUCUUUAGGUGACAUGCGCUGACUGGCGGAAUGGCACAGUUGACAGAGAAGUUGUCUCCUGCAUGAGUCUUUUUGGGCUGUGAUGCAGCUUCCAUUCAUUUCUGAGGCUCCUGGAGAACUCCUGUUCAACAGACUAUGCCCUUUAGUUUUAACAGAACUGCCAGCCCUGCCGAAGUCUCUGUGCUCAAGUUCUGAAGUUCAAGCAGGGUUCUUUACAACCUGCACGUCCUUGUCGGUCUUUAGUAAAUAGUUUACAAAUGGAAUAGGAUUGCAAUUCUGUUGCAGAUGUAUGAACCAGAAGAGCUGGACCUUUUUUCACCUGACUUUGGAAUUUUCCCAAAGCGAGGCAGGAAGAGCAUCCUAUAGUAAACAAACAAAUCUGGCAUGUGAUUUGAAAACACUCCCUGGAGCUAGCUUAUU